AUGAAUCUUAGUCAACACCAGGGCUUGAGCCUUCCUUUUACUAUGAUGAUUCCUAGUGCUCACCACAACAAUGGCCAAACAUGGACGAGCCAAGAAGAUGAUGGUGAUGGUCACAACAAAUCCAAGAAAAACUCUCCUUGGGGACGUGUGAAAUGGAUGGAUAAGAUGGUGAAGCUGAUGAUAACUGCUCUUUCUUACAUCGACGAAGACGAUAAUAAACAUGCAAGGAAAGGUAAGUGGAGAGCAGUUUCUAAGGUCAUGGAAGAAAGGGGUUACCAUGCCUCGCCGCAGCAAUGUGAGGAUAAGUUCAAUGAUCUUAAUAGACGUUACAAGAAGCUUAAUGAGAUGCUUGGUAGAGGAACUUCUUGUGAUGUCGUUGAGAAUCCUGCGCUCUUGGAUAAGAUUGAUUACUUGGAUGAGAAAGAGAAAAACGAAGUUAGGAAGAUCAUGCGCUCAAAAAAUCUUUUCUAUGAAGAGAUGUGCUCGUACCGUAAUGGAAACAGAUUGCAUUUGCCUCAUGACCCUGCGUUACAACGUUCCCUUCACUUGACGCUCAGAUUCCAUGAUGAUGGAGAUGACUGUGAUGAACUUCAUCGUGGAGCCUCCUUAGGUGGUUCAUUGAAGAGAUUAAGACAAAGUCAGAGCCAUGAAGGUAAGUGCUAUGCACCACACUUGCCUCUUUCUCAGGCUGAUGUGAAUCAACCGAUGUCUUUAGAGAAUGGGCAAGCUGCUAGCUUACAGAAGCAUUGUAUUGAGUCUAAGUAUUUGGAGUUGGAAGAACGCAAGCUCCAGAUUCAAGCUGAGUUGAUGGAGCUCGAGAGACAAAGAAUCAAGUGGGAGAGGUUUAGUCAGAAAAGAGACCAAAAGCUCCAAAGAAUGAGGAUGGAAAAUGAAAUUAUGAAACUUGAGAAUGAAAAGAUGAAAUUGGAAUUGAGAGGAAUUGAAUUAGGUGCUAGAUUCUGAUCAAGAACCUGGAGAUUAGACAUUCUGAUUAAAGAAAGUAAUUAUGACCUAUGUGGGUACAUCAAGAAGUGGUAACAAUUAUAUAUCAGUAUCUAAAUGUUUGCUUAACUUACCAUUAGGCAUUAUUUAUUGUAAUAAAGCUAAGAGUUGAAAAGUUUGAGUUAAAGAUUGUUAGAAUCUUUGCUCAUGUGAUAUUCUUGGUUUAUCUUGUUCCAUAUUUAGGAAGUGGUUGGGUUCUCAAUGCUUUUAGCCUUUUAGUUAUGUCAUGCAUGUAAGUAUCAGUGAGUCAGUGAAAGGGACAAGAAGAGAGAGUAACUUUGUGAA